GCUCGGACUGCUGCGUCACGGGCACAGGCUGCGGCGCGGGCUCAGGUUGCGGCUCCGGCUCCGGCGGCGGCACGAUCCUGAGCUACGUGGGCCCGGGCGGCGACUACGUCCAGGAGACCAGCUACAAGUACGUCGGUAUGGGCGCGGGGGAGUUCGGAGCGGUCCGGAUCCCUGGGCGCGGCCCGAACUUCUGCCUGAUCUGCCUCGUGCCCCUGGGGCUGUCGCUCCUCCUGCUGCCCCUCCUGCUCUUCGCUAUGGCGCCGGGCUCGACGACGACCACCACCACGAUGACGACGACCACCGCCCCAGUGAUCAUCACGACCACCCCGCCGCCUGACACCACCACUGAGAGGACCACCACCACGAAGGCCACGACGGCUGCACCGCCCCCGCCCCCGCCGCCGCCGCCGCCGCCUCCGCCGCCUCCCCCGCCUAAGCCGACCGAGCCGCCGACCACCACGAAAAAGGAGAUCAACUGCGGCGAGGGCGACGCUGUGUCUUGGGACGUGCCCAAGAAGGUAUACUGUUGCCUGCACGAGGGCAAAGGCUGCCCGACGACGCCCGCUGCGCCCAGCACCAUGCCGGCGCCGGUCGUGCCCGUCGCGCCAGUGGUGACAACAGCGAUGAGCACCACGUCCCCGUGCCCGAUUGAUUGCAACGCCGGCUACAACGACCUCGACCCUCUGCAGUGGGUGCGCGGCUGGUCCGGCGAGAAGAAGAUGUAUUGCUGCAAGACCGCCAACAAGGGCUGCCCCUCGGAGCUGCCCCCGCCCUCGGGCCUCCCGCAGGGCGACGCGCCCCCCGAGGAUGACAAGAGCCAGUACGACUGCGACGCGGGCUACCACCACUGCAUGCACUGCCUGGAGCUCUCGUGGUCCCCGAAGAAGAUCUCCUACUGCUGCGCGAAGGAGCACAAGGGCUGCAAGGGCGAGGAGCCGGAGUGA